AUGUCCGAAGAUCACCACGACGAGGAACAAUUCGAAUCGGCCGACUCGGGAGCUGCUGCCACCUUCCCGAAGCAAUGCUCGGCUCUUCGCAAGAACGAACAUGUCAUGAUUAGAGGAAGACCGUGCAAGGCAAGUGUGCUAAUCAGACUUCUGUUGGCCAAUCGUGUUUUAGUUGACGACACUCGAUCUACUCCAGUUUCACAGAGCUUGCUUUUAUAGAUUGUCGAGAUGAGCACCUCGAAGACUGGAAAGCACGGACACGCCAAAGUGCACAUGGUCGCCAUCGACAUCUUCACCAGCAAGAAGCUGGAAGACAUCUGCCCGUCGACCCACAACAUGGACGUUCCGGUCGUCAAGAGACGCGAGUACAUCGUUAGUGAUUUUUUUUUUAAAUUUUAAAGGUUACACUUUUUUUUUAGCUCAUGUCCAUCGAAGACGGCUUCUGCUCGCUCAUGGAUCCUGAGACUUGCGAUAUUAAGGACGAUCUGAAGAUGCCGGAAGGAGACCUCGCAAACACCAUCCGCGAGGCCCUCGAGAAGGAUGAUGGAAAUGUCAUGGUAGGAAAAAAUAGUGGAAUUAUUCUUGAAACAGUAUAAUUAAAGGUUCAAGUCGUUUCGGCGUGUGGUGAGGAGGCCGUUCUCGGGUACAAAAUUUCUACCAAGGAAUAA